CACCGGGGCGACGAAGCCGGCGGCCCCUAGAUACCCGAGGCUCUAAGAUGGAGAGGGGAAACACACUCGAGCUUGGCUUCCUGCCCGUGAGGCUGUGGGCUUCCCAGCGGGGCGUGUGUCCGAGGGUCAUGUAAUCUGUGGUCUGCAUGCACAAAACAUACAACCUGUUAGCGACUGUGGGUCACUGAAAGAGUUGGCGUUUUCUGUAUUUAGUGUUCUCUCCACAUGCAUGCCUGCUCGGCAGAAGAGGGCACUAGAUCUCUUUCUAGAUGUUGUGAGGCACCAUGUGGUUGCUGGGAGUUGAACCCAGGACCCCUGGAAGAGCAGUCAGUGCUCUUAACCCCUGAUCCAUCUCUCCAGCCCCUACAUACUACUCCAUGGAUUCAUUUGGGCAACUGCGACCAGAAGAUAACCAGUCAGUAGUGAGCAGAAUGCAGAAGAAAUACUGGAAAACUAAACAGGUCUUUAUAAAAGCGACAGGAAAAAAGGAGGACGAGCAUGUGGUCGCCUCUGAUGCAGAACUGGAUGCUAAACUCGAGGUUUUUCACUCCAUUCAGGAGACAUGCAAUGAACUUCUGAAGAUAGUUGAGAAAUAUCAGCUAAGACUCAAUGUUAUAUCAGAGGAAGAAAACGAACUAGGGCUCUUUUUAAAGUUUCAAGCAGAACGGGAUGUGACUCAAGCUGGCAAAAUGAUGGAUGCUGCUGGCAAGGCACUCUGUUCCUCAGCCAAGCAAAGAUUGGCCUUGUGUACCCCCCUGUCUCGUCUGAAGCAAGAAGUAGCGACGUUCAGUCAGAGGGCGAUUUCUGACACCCUGGUGACCAUUAAUCGAAUGGAGCAGGCACGCACCGAGUACAGAGGAGCCCUGCUGUGGAUGAAAGAUGCAUCGCAGGAGCUUGACCCGGAUACCCUCAAACAAAUGGAAAAGUUUAGAAAAGUACAGAUCCAAGUGAGAAAUAGCAAAGGUUCUUUUGACAAGUUAAAGAUGGAUGUCUGUCAGAAAGUGGACUUGCUUGGAGCUAGUCGCUGCAAUAUGUUAUCCCACUCACUCACUACCUACCAGAGAACAUUGCUUACGUUCUGGGAGAAAACAGCUAAAAUGAUGUCUCAAAUCCAGGAGGCCUAUACUAGCUUUCAUCCAUACCACUUCAUAGCUCUCAAGCGACUACAGGACACUCCGGGCAACCUCGCUGCAGACUACAAAGAAGAACAAACAGAGGGCAGUUGUCUCACUGCAGACCUCGAUAAGGUAGCUUUGUCUGAAGAGGAAGAGAGACUUGAGAAAGAGCCAGCAGCUGCCAAGGCUCUGCCUAGAGACUCACUGGAAGGAGAUGAUUUUGAGAAGGAAUUCUCAUUUUUGAACAGCCUCCGAAGUCCCACUUCUUCAAGUGCUAGUGAAUCUACACAGGAAUGCCAGCCGGCCUGUGGGAGUCCCAAUGCUGGUCUCACAUCCCAGGAGCCUUCAGUGGGACCCGGGCCUCUCACCUACACCUCCCGGUUCCUUCCCUCACAGCUCUUUGAUCUCGGCCUUCACACUGAUGGAGCUUUCAACAACUGGACCUCCCAAGAGGGAUCAGAACACUCAGGAGCCUUGCCAGUGCCUUCACAGCGCCCAAAGAAGUUAAAAUGCCCCAACAUUGGUAACCAAGAGAUGUCAGCCUGGUUCAAUCUAUUUGCAGACUUGGAUCCACUCUCCAACCCAGAUGCUAUUGGACACUCAGACGAUGAGCUUCUGAACGCCUGACGUCACACUGACUGACGUCACAGGUUCAGGGGUCUUGAGGCAUCAACUGUGCAAUGUUUGCCUUUCUGGAGGAGUUCCCACUGCGACCACACACACAGAAGUGUGUGUUCAAAACAGUGUCUGCCAGCCAGCUCUGUCAGAGGGUUGGGGCCUCUGAGCAGGCUCUUGUAUUUAUUAUGCUGGAUUUGCAAGCUGUUGAUCAUAUGCGGAAAUUUUUAGAAACUCCUGAGUCUGCAAUACUGAGAAACCAAGCUUAUGUCUGAAUCACAGGAACAUGGUGUAUUUCUUUGGAAGGUGUUUUAUUACUUAGGUUACUUUGCUGUAAGGGGGUAAAGAGCAAGAUAUAAAGUGGCUAUAGUUUGGGUUUUUGAUAGUGGCGGGUAUUUUUUGUUGUGGGGAACAGCAGCAGAACUAGAAAGCUUUCUUCCUGAUUACAACUAGAACAAGAUCAGAGAACUCAGUCCGCUUUGCUGAAAUUAGAGAACUGUGCACUUGCUUUUCUGUAUCUGGAAACGAAAUGCAAUGUUACCUUUCAUUGAUAAAUGGAGAUACACCUAGUUCCAUUACUAACUCUUCCUGGGGAAAACAGCGCGAUGUAAAGUCCACCCUCUACAGGAAGAAUCUACAGGCCUGCUCCACCAACUGCUGCCGUGACAGUCUUCCUGGGAAGACAGUGAGGGAGAGCACUGUCCACCCGGGCAGCCACCGUCCUGAAGGCUCCAGAAACCUGUAUGGGACCGAGCAAGACAGUUACAUAUAAAGCUCGUCUUUACAUGCCUGUACUCUCACCUCAUCACCCAGAAGGCUCUCCGACAGACACAGAGAGUUCUACAGAAAACAAGUAAUGCCCCGUGUUCUUUUCGGUCUAAUGCCCAAGGUGCCAUUUGACUAUUAAGCCAAAGCCAUUGGCUGACAGUCUGCAAUCUAAGCUUUGGAGGGAAGGCUAUUCAGGGCAGUUAGGCAAGCUGGCGAAGUCAUGGCUCACAGAUCUGCCACUCGCCCACUCCCUGUUCUUGUCCACGCUUUAAUGUGGGGUAGUUUUCCAAGCGCUCUGUCACCCAGGCCGUUACGGCUGCCCAGCGGACAUUUAUUGAAGUUGUUUACUGUGGGUUUUAAGGGCAUCUAGUCACAAGCAGGUUGGUUCAGACUGGAAUUACGUGUACUGUCCAAGUCAAGGUAUGUAGAGCUUUUUUAAAGGCAUAAACCAGAGUGGGCAGAGUGCCGCCCACCCCCCGGGCUCCGAGCAGCCUGCCCCGGCCCAGGUUCUCCGCAGAGCCGGGAUCAGGCCAUGGUGCAAGGCUGCAGACUCCAAAGGGUCAACAACAAACUAGUUCCUAAAUACCAUUUUGCAAUGUUACUAUAUGUAAUCUUAACCAACUGCUUUCUCCUCAAAAGCGCUUUCCUUUCGUUCAGUGAGACUAUCCAGCAUACAAUACUGUCAAUGUUCUGCCAAGAUUAAUCACCAGGAUUAUGAUUAUGAAUCACAGUCUAAGCCCAGUGCCCGCAGCAACCACUGCCAUCACGCUCAAGAAACGAUAAUUCUCAUCUUGAGUCUGUGCCGUUUUUCUUCGCCAGAGUAUCCUUCCCAGUGAGUGAGUUCACAGUAUAAACAGAUAGCUCGGUGAGUAGGAAAUCAGUGCUCUCUCCAGGCAAGGCGUGACUAUAAAACGCAGAGCUAGUACCUUCCAUUUCCCACACCAGUCACCACGAAUCAACACAUGCACGAUUACUACUGCUCAGUUAUUGGUUACCCUUCAAUUCGGUGUAUGGUUUUAUCUCCUAUUUAACCAGGAAGCCACAACAGCUGCCUUACCAAGUCUAGUUGUAACGUCAAGUCAAACAAUUCCACUUAAUUAUUCAAAGAAAGUUAUUUACAUUAUUUUCUCGUGGUUAAGUAAUUUGAGGCUCAGUAAUUUGGUGGUUGAGAAGGACCCCAGCACUGGUGAGACAGGCACGGAAAGGCAGAGCAGCGAGCACUCGCCACAGAGCUGCUGGGGAGGCCUGCAUCAUCCCGGCAAGGGAGGACUUGGAAGGCUUCAUCAAAUGGCUUUCCUGUGGAACGGGGGAGGCAUCUAUAUUCUACUUAAUUUUAUCCCAAAUAAGACUUGACAGAAAGUUAGCAAGGGCCCAGCAGAGCCACACUUGCUGUCUCAAGAGACACAUAAACGUCAGGUCAGACGAUCAGAUGGUGUAAUUUGUAUUUUCUGAGAUUUUUAAACUGUACAAUACAGCCCUAAUAUCAUUAGAAACAAAUUGUACUUCAAAAAAUGUAUAUUUCCUUCACAUUGAAAGGAAAUAUAGAUUUACAGUCUGAAUAUUCAUUCACGUCACUUCACCUAUCGUUUUGGAUAUUUAUUUACUUCAUAGUCCCUGUCUUAUAGAUCUAGAAAUAUACAGGGCUUACAGCAUUAGGACAGGAGUUAGUUUAAUGUGCGUGCUCUCUCUGAGCUUCUUUUAAUAAAGAUUUCAGAUGGCAUAAA